AUGUUUGGUUUAUCAGAGCAAAAUUUAUCAGGCAGAAGAUGCAUUUGGGUCAACGGCCCAGUGAUAGUUGGGGUGGGGCCUUCAGGGCUCGCUGUAUCUGCUUGUCUCAGGGAGCAAGGCAUUCCUUUCGUUGUUAUCGAAAGAGCUGACUGUAUUGCUUCACUGUGGCAAAAAUGCACCUAUGAUCGUCUAAAACUUCACCUCCCGAAAAAAUUCUGUCAACUUCCAAAACUACCCUUCCCCGAAGAGUACCCCGAGUACCCCACUAAGAGACAGUUCAUUACGUAUCUCGAAAAUUACGCCAAAAAAUUCGACAUCAAGCCUCAAUUCAAUGAAAGAGUCCAGUCAGCAAAAUACGAUACGACAUGUGGCGUAUGGAGGGUUAAAACCGUCUCGACAAUGGGCUCCUUCCCCUCUGAGACGGAGUAUAUCUGCCAGAAGCUUGUAGUGGCAACAGGAGAAAAUGCCGAAGGGGUAGUACCGGAAAUCGAAGGCCUACAAGACUUCUCCGGUGAAGUUAUCCACGCAAAAGACUAUAAGUCCGGCGAGAAGUACACCGGAAAGAAAGUUUUGGUUGUUGGUUGUGGAAACUCCGGCAUGGAAGUCUCUCUUGAUCUCUCAAACCACAAUGCGAAGCCAUCAAUGGUGGUUCGAAGCUCUGUUCAUGUAUUGCCGCGUGAAAUCUUGGGAAAAUCUACGUUCGAUUUGGCGAUGAUGCUGAUGAAAUGGCUACCUUUAUGGUUGGUAGAUAAACUGCUAUUGAUCCUCACGUGGUUGAUCCUCGGAAACACACAAAAAUACGGAAUCAGAAGGCCAAAUUUAGGCCCAUUACAACUGAAGAACUAUCAUGGAAAAACCCCUGUUCUUGACAUCGGUGCACUCGCAAGAAUCCGAUCAGGGGACAUCAAAGUUGUCACUGGAAUCACAAGAUUCCACCGGAGUUCAGUCGAGCUCAUCAAUGGAGACAUUCUAGAAAUCGAUUCAGUCGUUUUAGCAACUGGGUAUUGCAGCAAUGUUCCUUAUUGGCUUCAGGAGAGUGAGUUAUUUGGCAAAAAUGGAUUCCCAAAACGACAGUCUCCCGAUGGUUGGAAGGGAAAAGAAGGGUUGUAUGCAGCAGGGUUUACAAGAAGAGGACUUGCAGGCGUUUCUGCAGACGCCAUGAAAAUAGCUCAAGAUAUUGGGAAUGUUUGGAAAGAGGAAUUAAAACAGAAGAAAAGGAAAGUCGCUACUCACAGAAGAUGCAUUUCAACUUUCUAG